AACCUUUCAGUUACUGCCCCAACACUCUUAAACUACUGGCUACCUACCAAUAUUACAGUAUGUACACUAUAUGACCACUGUAUGACUGUUCCACUACUCUGUGUAAUUGCAGGAGCCGUACUAUGUACGCUGCAUUAAACCAAAUGAUAUGAAGUCUCCGCUGCUGUUUGACGACGCCCGCUGCCAACACCAGGUGGCGUACCUGGGCCUGCUGGAGAACGUCAGAGUGCGCAGAGCAGGGUUCGCCUACCGCCAAGCCUACACACGCUUCCUACAGAGGUAUAAGAUGACCUGUGUGUACACCUGGCCCAACCACCUGAUGGAAACAGACAGGGAGGCAGUGGAGGCUAUUGUCACGCAGCAUGGUUUCCAGGAUGACGUCGCGUAUGGACAUACCAAGCUGUUUGUGCGAACGCCAAAGUCUCUCUUCACCCUGGAGCAGGAGAGAGCCGCUCUCAUCCCUGUCCUGGUGCUGUUCCUACAGAAGGUGUGGCGCGGGGCGCUGGCGAGGAUGCGUUGCCAUCGGAUGCGUGCCAUCUUUGCCAUCAUGGGCUGCUACAAGCGUUACAAGGUCAAGGUCCACUUCUGGGAGGUGGAGCGGCGCUUCGCCAACGUAGGCCACAUGGCUGACUAUGGGAAAAGCGUGGAGUGGCCCACACCACCAGCAGCCCUCACUCAAUUCCACAGCAUCACGCAGAAGCUGCACCGCAGGUGGCGUGCGUGGCAGAUAGUGAAGAACAUCCCACCGUCUGACAUGGGGGAGGUAAGGGCCAAGGUGGCUGCUCUGGGGGCCCUGAAUGGGGAGAGGAAGGACUGGGGCUUUGGUCGAACCUGGGAGAGAGACUACCUGGCUAAUGUGAGGGACAGUCAUCGGAGCAGCUCCAACUUCAUACUAUUCUCCCAAGAGCUCAGGAACAAAGACGAGUACAACCAGGUCAUCUUCUCUGGAUUCUGUAGGAAGAUGACAGGCCUGAGUGUCACUGCAGGCGUUGACCAGAUGGUGGCGCUACACACUUCUUCCCAGGAUGAUAUUCUUCUCUACAUCCAGAGAGGGAGCUGUGCCCCGACCAGGACCGCAUCGGGAGCUGGUGGGAACGCUCAUCGACCACUUCACCGGUCAGUGGCCAUGGUCAGGGGGUGUCGGGUUGGGUAA